CACCAAUCUCAAUGAGGAUAACCUCAAAGAGGGCUUCUGAAAAGCUUCAGGUUGGGGAGCCAUUGAAGGGAUAAAGAAGAUUUCAGGCCACACAACCUGAGCGAAGGAAGAAUGGAAACGGCGGCGGCGACCGUAGCCCGGCCACCGGAGUGCGGCUCCACCGGCGGACUGCUCAGUGGCAGGAGGAGGUCGCUGCUGCCCCACCGGCGAUCUGGUGCCGUGAGCUUUUCCACAGCCUCGCUGAAGCGACCUCCGAGAAUUCAACACCACGGAUCCCAGGUUUGCGUGGCGCGGAGGCGGCGAGCGGACAUCCAGUCGGACACGUACGUGCUGAUCGAGCCCGGCAUGGAGGAGGAGUUCGUGUCCCGGGAGGAGCUGGAGGCGAGGCUCAAGGGCUGGCUGGAGAAGUGGCCCAGGGACGCGCUGCCACCCGACCUCGCCAAGUUCAACACGGUCGACGACGCCGUCUCCUACCUCGUCAGGGCCGUGUGCGUGCUCGAGAUCGACGGUGAGGUCGGGUCCGUGCAGUGGUACCAGGUCGAGCUAGAAUAGUCGGGGGUGUCAUGGCUGUGCAGCUCCUUCUUAACGUCCUCCUAAGAGUGUAACAUUCCCGGGGAAAAUUCCCAAACCUGGAUUGGAAGACACAACUACUCUCAACUUGUACCGUGCAAAUUGCAAAGGGUCAAUUGAUGAUGCAGGCCUUUCCCACUCGAGCAAACUGAGCGAGUUUGGUUGUUUCGGAUUAUUAUUCAUGUCAGAUUGGGAGUAUUUACGAUAGUCCCUCGAUUAAUAUUUUUCAA